AUGAACGAAAAUAAGAGUGCACGGAUUUGUGAAAAACUCUACAAAUGGUUUCGCCAGGAAAGUCUAUACUACAGAAUAUUUUGGGGCAUUGUCUUCUGCAUAUCCGCUUGGAAUAUUCUUUGGAUUUUCGAAUUGACAAUAAAACGUUAUUUUUCCGAUUCGAUUAGUAUUGGCAUUGAAACGACAUAUUUACAAUGGAAUAACACUUUUCCGGCAGUAUCAUUUUGUCUUACGAAAAAUCGUUCAAGUGGUCGUGUCAGUGAAUUUGUCGCGGCGGAAAAUAUUCCCCAUACUGUGUCGCGGGGAAUUUAUGUGAAAAAUUUACACGAUUAUAUGUUCACCAAUCCGAAUAAUUUUCAUUUCAAGGAAGAUUAUUGUGGUGGUUUGAAUUCGACAUGUGGAGUGGAUAUAUUGCGGCUGAGAAGGGAGCUUUUACCACCCACCUGCAAAGCUUUCAUGGCCAAUGUCUCAUAUUUGGGAAAAACUAUUGACAAUUGUGAGGAUAUUUUUAAAUUUCAUCAAUUGGAAAUGGGUUAUUGUUAUUUGGCCAAUAAUAUAUUGGAUUACAAAUCAUUUGACAACUUACCCCUUAAGUUUGGCAUAUCAAAUAGGGAGAGAAAUCUCAAAGUCCAUUUGAAAGGUGGAUUCAUAUGGAAAUAUGAGAUGUACAUCCAUAGUCCCGAUGAUUUACCCUAUUUCAAUUCCAUAACAUAUGAUGCCUUUUCGGAUCCCACAAUAUAUCGUUUCAAUGUUGAGGAAUAUGAUAAUAAUCCUGAUGUCAAGGAGGAAGCAUUACAGCAGAGAUCUUGUAAAUUUCCCGAAGAAAAAGACCCAGGAUCGCCAUGGCAUUAUAGUUUUUCCACAUGCAUGUCAUAUUUACGCAUCAAAUUCGAACUAGAUCAAUGUAAUUGUACCCACUUUACAUCACCGGAAGAGUAUAAACCAUAUUAUUGCGAUACAAAAGGUUUACGUUGCAUAUCCGAUGCUCAAAUAACAGCGCAAGUCAAAGAAUAUGUCGUAUCGAAAAAUGCCUGCUAUCCUUCGUGUGUGGAACAGCAAAUUACAUUAGUUGGAACUAAUCAAAUACAAAGUUUGGAUAUUACCGAUACACUAUAUAUUGAAAUUAGUAUAACAAAUUUGCCAUCGGUGCGUUAUAAUCGUGUGGUUACUCAAACCUAUUUGGAUUUGGUUGUUUCAGUGGGUGGCGUUAUUGGUCUUGUUGCUGGAGCAUCUGCCUUAAACUUCUUGGAAAUUGUUUAUGUCUUGUUGCGUAAAAAAAUAUAA